AUUGAAUAUCUACCAAGAAUAUUUUCACAAUGGAUACAAUCUUUUACUGUGGUCAUUAAGUGGUGAUCAAGGAACUAAGUGGAAAAAAGGCCAAGUCACAGUUAAUUUUACAAUGGGUCUAUCUAGGUUAAUCGUUGAAGCUGUCGUGCGUAGAUACAAAAGAAAAAUUGUAGCUCUCGACAAUCUUGCUUUUGCUCCAGGAAGCUGCAACACAAUACCAAAGGUGGCCAUUCCUAACAAUGCUUUUGAUUGUUCAAUUGGUUCAUUCUUUUCCUUUAAAAGUAACAAAUGUGAAAAAUGUCCCAUCUAUACAUAUCAACCAUAUCCAAAACAAAUUCGUUGUCUUCCAUGUAAUGAUGGUAAAGGUACCAUCAAUGUUGGUGCAGUGAGUGAACGAGAAUGUAUAAAAGCUUUCAACGUCGUCAAUGUGUCACACAACAAAGCACCACUAAAGGCAGAUUCUAACAAAACUCCCAUGGUUGUUGGUGGUAUUAGUUUCUUUAUUAUUCUCAGCCUUGUUGUCGUUGUUGCCGUUAUUCUUUAUAAACGAAAGAAAGCUUAUGGAGGAUUUUACAUUCUAACCAUGCCUCCGCUUACUGACUACAUCAAAAAGUUAGAUCCACACACACCGAUCACGAAGCAAACCAACAAGUUACCUUAUGAUACGGAAUGGGAGUUUCCAAGAAACAGACUAAAUUUCGCUCGAGAACUUGGCUCCGGUGCAUUUGGCAAAGUAUUUUUGGCGGAUGCAAUGGGAAUUGGUGCGUUUGAUCCUCGUGGUAGCACUAAAAGAAAAUCAACUAGACGUCGUUUUGGUGGAUCCGUUCGACGAAAUCAUUCCGUGAACAACAACAAAAUGGCAAAAGUUGCCGUAAAAACUCUUAAAGAGGACAGUGGCGAAACGGAAUACAAAGAUCUGUUAUCGGAGUUAAAAAUUCUCAUCCAUGUUGGCGAACACAAGAAUAUCGUAAACUUAUUGGGUGCAUGUACUGAAGGUCGAAAAAGUGAGCUCUGGGUGAUCAUAGAGUAUUGUUCAAAUGGAAAUCUGCUUCAAUUUUUGAGAAAUCGCCGUGAAAUCUAUGAAAUGGAAUGGAAAUGUGUUUCUAAAGAUCCAAAUAAUCAACUAACGAUGACGGACCUUGUUAUUGCUGCUUAUCAAGUUGCAAGAGGAAUGGAGUUUCUUGCUUCGAGACUAUGUAUUCACAGGGAUUUAGCAACCAGGAAUAUCUUAGUUACUGAUAACUACGUCAUCAAAAUCGCCGAUUUUGGUCUUGCCCGUGAUGCGGGCGAAGACAGUCAACAUAUUAAGACUUCCACCGGAUUACUACCAGUGAAAUGGAUGGCUAUUGAGGCAAUUAUUCAAAGACUCUUCACCGAAAAGAGCGAUGUUUGGUCAUUUGGUAUUGUAUUGUGGGAAUUGUUCACAUUAGGUGGCACACCUUAUCCUGGUGUUCCUCCAACUGAGGUUGCAGAUUUACUUGCACGCGGGCAUAGAAUGGAACCGCCUCAUGCAUGUCCUGAAGAAAUAUCGACACUUAUGAUGGAAUGUUGGCAUGCGGAUAAAGAUUGUAGGCCUACAUUUUCAGAACUUGUUAAAAUCCUCGACAAAAUUAUCGAACUUCAUACUUCAUCUGAGGGAGGUCAAGGGUACCUCGAGGUACAAGGUGAACUAAUGAACGACUAUUUAUCGCCAUCCGAGGUGAAGACUCCAGAAAUGGAUCCAUUUCAAUGCAAUUCUCCCUUACCACCAGUUCCAUCGCCGGCUGAUAACGAAAGUCUUGCGCAUUUACCAAGAGAUCAAAAUGCGACGAGGGAUAAAUUCCGUUUUGACAAAGGAUUUGGUAAUAAAGGAAGAAAGGAUAGCGAAAUUGAGAAAAUGCAUAAUGAUCGUAAACCGGAAAUGCCGAAGCAUUCAGAUGUAAAUUUUUUCCCUGAAAAUUCACCCAAUAAUCAUAAUGGUGGGAAAAUAAUUAUGAAAGAGAAGACAAUAGAUGAACACUUUACAGAAAAAGACCGCGACUCGUCGGAGGAGAAAGAACAUCAUCCGUAUUAUGCUAAUUUGCACAAGUCAUAUGUGUAAACUGGGGAAUGCAAAUUUGAAAAACAGUUCGUUAUUGCAAAGAAAGAGAAAAGCUACCAACAGAACUUUGCCAUCGUGUUUAUGUAAUAUUAUUUUUAAUGUGUUGUGUUUUCGAGCGCCAAAAAUAAGAAGUAUCAACUCAAAAUAUGCUAAGCAUUUAAAUUGUAAAUAUAUUCUCGGAAUUGGAACCAAUCUCCACAGUUCUA